AUGAAUCUCGUUAGCGAAGCUACCUCGAGCGAGCACAUCAAGGUGUCCGUCAAUGACGACGGCGUCGCUGUGCUGCAACUCGACCGGCUCGAGAAGCGGAAUGCCUUCAGUCAGUCGAUGAUCGAGGCCAUGGUGGCGGCGCUCGACUACCUCGACAAGCGGAGCGAUAUUCGAGCUGUCAUCGUGGCCGGAGGCAAGGAUGGGCCUUUUUGUGCGGGCAUGGAUCUCAAGGAACUAAUUGAAAUCUCGACGGCUGCGGCGCAUCAGAGACAGUUUUUGAAGGAUCUCACGGAUGCUUUUGCGAGGUUUACUAAGCCUACUAUUGCGGCUGUUAUAGGAUUCGCUCUUGGAGGCGGAUGUGAGAUUGCCCUGGCGUGUGACAUGAUAUACGCCGCCGAUGACGCGAGCUUCGGACUGCCCGAGAUGAAGAUCGGAACGAUCCCUGGCGCUGGGGGAACACAGAGACUUGCCCGCGCUCUGGGAAAGCACAAGGCCAUGGAGUUCAUCCUAACCGGCGACUCCGCGACCGGCGCCGAGUUCGAACGUCUCGGUGUUGUUAACAAGGUAUUCCCCAAGGACAGAGUCUUCGCCGAGGCGAUGAAGCUCGCCACUAGGAUUGCCGCUAUGUCGGCGCCGGUCGUGGCCGCGGGCAAGCAGGCAGUUCUCACAGUCGAGAACAAUCAUCUGGACGCAGGGAUGGUGCACGAGAAGGCCCUCUAUUACUCUACGUUCAGCAUGGCUGACUGCAAGGAGGGAUUAUCGGCGUUUUUGGAGAAGCGGCCACCCAAAUUUGAGCACCAUUAG